CUCAUACCUCUCUCUCUGCGCUAGGGAAAUCGGGAAAGCCGAGUGACUGAGAGGGAAGGCAAGGCAGGAUUUUGGAUAGCGCGACUGGAGUCGGCGUGCGCCAUAAACCCGGGUUUGGGUAGGAAAAAAAAAAGGACCAAUACCGGAAGUAGAGGGUAACCAUGGCAACCACGGAGGGGUUGCCAGGGAGAUGACCCCAUUUCUACCUCCUAUCCACUCAGCUGUGGCGGUUCCUGUCAAGAAGAUAAAGCCAGGACUUUGACCAUGAUUCCCGGGAAAUACCGCACCAACCCUGGCCGUAUCACGCCGAGCAACGUGAAUUGUGGGCUUCAUCUGGUUAUUCAGACAUCAUCAGUGCCUGAGAAAAACAAAUUUGAACUCAGGCUAACUAAAGACUCAUCUUUCCAUAAUCGACUUUUGCAACAUGAUAUAGAAAAAAACUACUCAAGCAGACAAGGGGAUGGAAGAGUAAUAAGUCCUUCACCUCGUAACAAACCGUCAUUCGUCCCAACCACAACAAACAUGACUGACCUUUGUGGGCUGGAACUGAAAUCUGGCGCAAACUCUUUAUCAGCAUUUGGAGAUUCUUCCAUUCAGACACCUACAAAAUCCAGAGUUCGACAGGGCUGUCACAGUGCUGGCCCAAAUGUAUCUGGUGAUCAUGUCUACUUGGGGAGCUCAUCAAUGCCUUCAUUUCCAGUUCUUCAUCGUUCUAGUGAAGAGAAAAUUCUUUACUCAGAUAGGUUGACCUUAGAAAGGCAAAAACUGACAGUUUGUCCUGUGAUUGAUGGGGAAGAACACCUUCGUCUGUUGAACUUUCAACACAAUUUUAUAACUCGAAUCCAAAAUAUUUCUAACCUUCAGAGCCUUAUAUUCUUGGAUUUAUAUGAUAACCAGAUUGAGGAAAUAAGUGGACUUUCUACACUUAGGUCUCUUCGUGUUCUCUUGUUGGGGAAAAACAGAAUUAAGAAAAUCUCAAAUCUGGAUAAUCUGAAAAGCCUGGAUGUAUUGGACCUUCAUGGAAAUCAGAUUUCAAAAAUUGAAAAUGUCAGUCAUUUGUGUGAUCUGAGAGUUUUAAACCUUGCAAGAAACUUUUUAAAUGAUGUUGAUGAUCUUAAUGGCCUGAGUUCCCUGACUGAGCUUAAUCUGCGACACAAUCAAAUCACUUCUGUGGAAAAAAAAGAGGCUACUGGGUAUUUAAAAGAUAGAAGUAGGGACCAGAGAAUUACCAAAGAGAGAGAUGUGGAUAAUUUGCCCUGCCUCCAACGUCUGUUUCUCAGCUACAACAAUAUCUCUUGUUUUGAAGAUAUUCUGUGCCUUGCUGACUCCAACUCCCUCUCAGACAUCACUCUUGAUGGCAAUCCAAUAGCUCAAGAGUCAUGGUACAAACACACUAUCCUUCAGCAUAUGAUGCAACUCCGCCAGCUAGAUAUGAAGAGAAUCACAGAAGAAGAAAGGCGCAUGGCAUCAAUUGUUGCAAGAAAAGAGGAAGAGAAGAAGCGUGAAAGUCAUAAGCAAACACUGAUCAAGGAGAAGAAAAGGUUAACAAUUUGCAAUGUGGCUCGAAAGUGGGAUAUGCAGCAGAAUCGUGUGACCAGUGGUCCUUCUUCAAGUCAAGAUGGAAAGGACUCUGAUGUACCAUCUCAAGAUACCUGCCAAUUGAAUGGAAGUGGAACCUGUGUAUAUCCAGAGGAACCUGGGUCUCUUGAUCCUGUGAUAAGUACUGCUUUACAAGGGCUUGCUGUCAUAGAAAAUCACCUUGUGGAAGUGGAUGGAGAUACACUUUUCUUAUAUGGCUCUGGAGCUCUAGAAUCACUUGACCGUAACUGGAGUGUUCAGACAGCAGGAUUGGUCACAACAGUUUCCUUCACUUUCAUUGAAUUUGAUGAAAUAGUCCAAAUACUCCCCAAAUUGAAGAUUAAAUUUCCUAAUUCUUUGCACCUUAAGUUCAAGGAAACAAAUCUUGUUAUGCUGCAGCAAUUUAAUGCACUGGCACAGCUUCGUCGCAUUGACCAGUUGACAAUCGAUCCUCAGGGAAAUCCAGUUGUCAAUUUUACACUCUGGAAAUACUAUGUGCUAUUUAGACUGAGCCAUUUUAGUAUGCAAAAAAUAAAUGGAACUGAGGUGACACAGAAUGACAUGAUAAUGGCUGAAAGGCUUUUUGGAAUUCUAGCACAUGUAGCAUCUUCUGAGUUACCACAGUAUCGGCUGCUUUCUCUUUUGGGGGAAGUCAGGAAGAAGCAAUUUCGGUAUCUGCUAGAAGGAAAAGGGAAAAAAUCUGGGGUAGUCAGUGAAGAAAAUAAUGAGAACAAAAGACUUGGUGGAGAAAAUACAAAUCGAGCUACAUUGAAUUAUACCACAAGAGACUUUUAUACAGAAAAACUUGAGGAAAUAAAAGAAAAAAAGAAAUUUUGCAAGACUUACAUACAUGACCUUGUGAAAGAAGCAGCUGAAAUCAACAUGAAAAAUGAAUCUUUACAGAAGCUUUGGCCUCAGAUGUUCAUUGAGCUUGUCAGGGAUGCAGUAAUAGAAAUACGCAAUAAGAAUUCCUACAUGAAACUCUGUCUACAAAGAAUAACUGAUACAAAAUAGCAGUUUACCAAUUACUGUUGAUUUGAGUAUUUUGUGUUUGUUUCAAGAAGACUAAAAAUUUAGAGGAUAAACAUUACCAGAAAAAUAAAUCACUUUCCUACAAAGGAUGGCUUCUAAGCAUCAUUGAAUACUGUUUUCCCAGGGACAACUGGCUAGGCUUUAAAAAAAAUAAAAAAGACAAGACCAAAAAUUUUUUAAGAUGUCAGUAAGGCCUUUGUGAAUAAAGCCAUUUGUAGAAAGUAACAAGACCAGAGGUUGGAUGCUUGUCUUCUGUGAUUGCUCCUGGUGAUGAUGCUGUUAUCAUAACAGAACAGGUAGAUUCUACAUAAUGCUAAAGCAUGAUUGUGUUUCUCUUUGGUUUUUUAACUGACAAUUUUCAACUCUUUUAUUUUCACCCAUGGUUUUAAAAACCAAAAAUAUGU